UGAUGUUGUUUUCAAAUAAUUGGGUUAGACCAUGGACCUACUACUCUGUCAGAGUAGUAGGUCCAUGGUUAGACUAAAGAUACGAAGGAAGGUGGGUAGUACCAUGGACCUAUAGUAGGCCCAUGGUAGUAAGGAGCAAGAGAAAAUAUAACAUCUCUUUUCAAUUGCUAAUAUCUGAUAAAACUAAAGUACUCUUUUAAUCUCAGGUAAAUGUAGCAUUUAUUCAUCAACAUAUUUAUUCAUAUUUGUUAAAUUGUAUAUAGACCUAUACAUACAUUUUCAUUGGUCAUCCAAAUUUAUACCUUUUUCUUCUCCCUUUUUUCUGCUCCUUAUGCCUCAUCUGUCUAUUCUUUCUCUGAAAUAUUUUAUUUUUGGUCUUUAAUUCCGUUUUUACAAAUUUAUUUCUACUUUUUAUAGGGAUCAAUUGUUUGGCGGCAUAAAGGGUUAAUUCAUAAAUUGUAUAUAUUUGGAAUAUUGCUUACAACAGCUAGGCAUCAAUGAAACCCAGGUUAAGUUGAUUGGGCUACCCCUUUUACACUUAAACAAAUUUCAAUAAAUAAAAGAAUAAAUAAAUAACAUCCAUGAAACAAAUGCAUGGUUUAUGAGGAACAGAAAUUGUUAUUUGUAUUUGAUGUGAGUUGUUGGUUGGUGUAAUGAAUCAGUAAAUGGACAAAUUAUGUUAUCAUUUCCCUCUCCAUCUUUUUCUUCAGAUGAAUUAUGCAUACUUCUCCUUGUCAUUGUUUCGUCAAAUCAAAACCAGUCCUAAUGAUUGAGGAGGGAUCUACUUUAUCUGCGAUGUCAAGAUCUCUUUCUAUAAAUCUGAUGAUUUGACAAGCUACAAAUCUGUAUGCUGUUGCUCUAUGAAAAGUUGAAUAGUGUGCAAGCACUUGACAGUAAAGUGGCGCUUUUAUUUUUGUCAUCUGGCUCUAACUGAUGCUUAUUACAAAAUCUCAAAAGUCAUCAGCAACAGAAGCUGGAGCAUAUUGUGACAACCAACAUUCUUGCUGUAGCUGUUGCUCGGUUUAAUGACUGUUACGUUAUUCAAAAUAAGCAGUUGAAUGAUAUCAGAAACAUAUACUUCAUUGUUCAUUCCAUUGUGAAUGACAUGAGAAGCCAAUAUAAAAAUAUCAGAACUAUAAAAUAAAAAAGUAUACUUGCAGGCAUUAAAGCCACAUGAAAUUUUCAUCAGAGCAUUUUGAACUGAUUUGAUGUAAAAUUUGUGGCAAAGUCUGUUUUCUUCAUCAAAUUUAUUCACACUUUGUAUACAUUUACUUUAACAAGAAGGUCUAUAUUAUAUUUUUAAGCAAUAACAUAGAUAUUAUAUAGCAAGGAAAUUUAUAAUCAAUUUAAUUGAUGUCCAUUUGGAAACCAUUUUGGACAAAUGGUAAGUUUAUUCGAUUCAAGUGGUUAAAUUCAUAAUUUAAAGUGAUUGUCAUCUCAGUUUUCAACCUUGUAUAACAUACCCUCAUAAUUUCAAUUUUCUUAGAGAAUCUCUCCUACAUAAUUAAAAAUGAGUCCAUUCUUGUCCAUAUUGUCUGAUGGAUUUGCUUUUCUUAUUACAAUUAUAAUUUUUCUUGCAAUUCAAUCUGAGUGUAAUUUUCCAGCAUCACCUAAAAUAGAAGGGGAAAAAGCAAUCAUGAUUUUCCCAUAUCCAUGUGAUAGGACAGAAACUACAUUACAACAGUCAAACAGAUGGCCGUUUUAUAGAACAACAGAUGGGUCACCACUGUUUUUGCCUGAAAAUCAGGUUCAAAGAUUUAAGGUUACAAAUAUAAUUAACAAUGGAAGCUGCUCUCUGGAACUUACAAUAAGUGAUCUCAUGAGAGGUGAUCAAGGGAUAUACAUCUUGUUUGUAUACAAGGAUGGUGACAUAUUAGGUGAUAAUACACAUAAAGUAUGGCUUCAGGUAGAUUAUCCUCCUGACAAGGCAUUGUGUGUUAUGGGUGAUGAUAGGGGUGGAGCUUGGGUAGCAGUAGACUGUACAGCUAAUGCUGGUACUAUACCAGGAAAGAUUGAAUGCUAUCAGAAUGGUAUAUGGAUGCCUCCCUUGACCGACCCUGUGGAAAGUGGCUCUUUAUUGAAACAGACUAUUCUCAUCAGAAAAUCACAGCCAGUAUUUUGCUGCUCUUCUAGUGUCUUUGAAGAUAAACCAAGAUGUGAAUGUAAUGAUACUAGUAUGAAUCUAGAUGAUAAUGACAGUAAUCAUCCUUGUCCACUUUCGUCAGAAAGUUCAACAAUGUAUCAUCCCACUAUUGCCAUCAAAAAUAACCCUAAUUAUAAUCAUUCUACCACUAUAUCAAAACCUACAAAUAACAUGAGAGAAUACACUUACAAGAAACAAUUUAUUACUUUGUCCUGUUUCUUUUCUAUAACUUUUUUAUUGCUAGUAUCAAGUCUGGUGUAUCUUUGUAAAAUGAAAAAAAGAAACAGAAAUGAUGGGAACAUUGGGCAAGGUUCUACAAAGACAAUGGUAUCCCUUCUAAAUGGUCCUGCACUGGAAAACGGACAAAUAAAGGAAAAUGGGUCAAUGGUGGAAAAUUAAUCAAUCAAGGAAAAUACAAAAAUUUAGUAGAUCAAUCAUCAAUAAUGAAAAUUUCAAUAUAAACAA